AUGGAGAAAUACCUUGCACAACAUCCAUUGGAACAAAUUCUAGAUUUUUUCCGUGACGGAUAUGACGCAAACUUUUAUUCUAACUGCGAGACUGUUUUUGCGAAGCCCAAACAAUCCAAGAAGUUUCUAAAUCAUGUCCGAAACCUCAUAAAACUAUUCUUUGACUAUAUUCACCGCGCACAAUUUUUACCCGAUGAUACAAGUAAUAUUGAGUCCCGACUUAUCAAGCUCAGCUACCGGAUUGAGUCUACUCCAUUUGACUUGGCUCCGUUCGAACCUCUGGCGUCACUUAUCCUAUCAAAUGCCACGGACAUUGAGGUGUGGAAAUCUCUCUUGCAGCUUCUCGAUACGCUUGAGUCUAUUUUAGCAUCCCAAGAGGAAAAGGAGGAGAAAGAGAAAAAUAUCGCGGCUGAAUCGGUUUUCAGGCGUGCAGCUACUACACAAGCAAGAUUUUGGAAAAAAUAUUUUACAAACAAAACUUGGGAGGAUCAUUGCAUCGACCUUGCCAAGGAAUUCGUGAAGCGGUCCGGGGAAGAAGAUUUGAAGUUUCCUGCUCAUCCAAAGGAAAAGUUGGUUUAUAACUGGAUGAAAGCAGUUGAAACCAAAAUAUUCGACCAAUCCAGCAAGACUUGCGACAUCUCGACGUCGGCAUCAAGCUCAAAGACCGGCGGAGAUGUACACCAUAUCACCAAGAGCCAGUUCAACACAGCCAAUGCCCAUGAAUUUGAUGGUGGUCAAACAAUCAGACAAGUCGACUAUUUCAUCAAGCGACGGGGACUGCCCACGUCCAAUCGACACCAUUGGCGUGAUGUACUGGUGGUCGGAGAGUUUACAGAAUCCAAAACAAAUGUGUUCAUGGAUAAGUUUCUCCAGCUAUCGAUAUUGAUGCGUGAGCUCUUUUUCGCCCAGCCCCUUCGACGGUUCGCCCAUGCAUUCCACCUUUUCGAUAAGUCACUUCUGCUCUGGGUCUACGAUCGGUCAGGACCAUACUGCGGCUCGUACAUUGACAUCGGCAAAUCGCCGCAGACGCUCGUCUAUGUGAUGGCGGCGUACAUGUCGAUGAGCGACACUGAACUUGGGCUUGACCCAAACAUCAAAUACGAGGCUCAUCAGAUCUGUGUCACGUUGGAUGUUCCUGGGACGGAGGAGCAGCGAGAGUUCAAACUAUCGCCCAAGCCAGUCGCGCAACAGACUUCUCUUGUCUCGAGGGGGACCAGCUGCUACCACACCUUGGAAGGGGACUGUGCAGUGAAGUUCGCUUGGAGAAUGUGCGGGAACAAGUCGGAAGCUGACCUGCUCAAGAUUAGCGAUCUUCGACAGGGACUGAUAUUCACCAAAAAGAUGGUGAAAGACACGCUUCCGGACGACACUACCAUGGCCACACCGCUCGCACUUACUGAUGGCAUCAUGUUACGGGAAAGCAAGAGUACAAGUGUAGCUGGGUCACGAAAAAGAAAGAGUGCAGGAAGCGAUUCUGGAACUGAGACCGGACGGUCAAGUAAGAGGUCAAAGAGUUCGUAUGGAUCAUCGUAUGUCAGAAGCACCGGUACGAAAGGAAUAUCAACAGUGUCAUUGAAUGCGAUCAUCGAAGAAGAUGAAUCAUCUAUCCCUGUAGCAUGGGUCCAGAACAAGACUGAAGGCACCAACGAUGCAAACACAGCGUCUACCGGGGAGAAACGUAAGAGCACAGAGAAUGAUGAAGUCAGUGGACGGAUCAAGAGAUUGCAUCUUUCAACUGCAGUGGGAGAAGCAUCCACUGUUGAUAGUUCUGGAAUAGGUGCGGUUUCUGGUCAGGAUGAAAACGCCAGCGAUAUACCUUUCAUAGCUGGUGAAGGUGAUGUUGAGGCCGAAACCAACAAUGUGGAAGCCUAUUGCGAAGUUGAGGUUAAGUUUGCAGAGAUUCGGGAUCGUCACUCGUCGGCUGUGGCGACAAUACCGUAUGGAAGAUCGCUUCACGAGGUCGAAUCACCACUUGAACUGGUUACUGUUCUACGUGACGCGAUCAAAGCGCACUGGUCGUUAAUGACAGACGCAAAGAUAUUGCACCGUGAUAUCUCAGCAAACAACAUCAUCAUGACUGGAUCUGAAGCUUGUAAGGACUGGAAAGGAUUUGUCAUUGACCUGGACCUAGCCGUCCUACUUACGGAUGGCAAAUCUCAAGAGAAAAGGCAGGCUAUGACCGGGACGAUGGAGUUCAUGGCGCUGGAGGUCUUGAGUGGCAGUUGUGAAACAACGGGCGCGGUUGUGGAGCAUUCGUACAGACAUGACCUCGAGUCAUUCUUUUAUGUCCUUCUCUGGCAAUGCUUAAGCUGCGGAUGGGAAGACGGGAAAAAUCCGAACAAAGAAUACCUAUCAAAAUGGUAUACUGGUACAGCGAAGGAAAUCCUCAAGUUCAAAAAGGGUGAAUUGAAAAGGUCUACUUUCAUUGAAGAAUUGUUGCCCAGAUUCUCGAAAAAGUUUCUAAAAGUUCGGCACCUUGCAAAGGAAUUCAGAAAGACUUUAUUCUGGCCGUAUGGAGAAUUCUAUAUUGGAUCUCACAAGGACAAUAAUGUCCUUUACAGCGCUAGUUUGAAGAUAUUUAACGAGGCCAUACAGGCAUUGAUAUCGUAA